GGCACCCGGGCUGCUCACCCAGCUCCUCUCGCUCCUGUUGGCUCAGCGGCGCUCCGGCCACAGGCACCAUGAAGCUGGCCCUGCCUCUGCUGCUGCUCACUCUGGCCCUUUGCUGCCCCGACGCUAAUGCGGAAGUCUGUCCGGCCCUUUCUUCUGAGAUGACAAGCUUCGUGAUGGGGAGUGUAGCGUCCUUCCAUGAGAACAUUAAGAAGUUCGGUGCCCCCGCAGAGGCGAUGCAGGCCACACUGCGAGUGAAGAGAUGCGUAAACAAACUCCCCCUGUUCGACCGAUUGGCAGUGGACCACUUUCUGAAGAUUGUCAAAUUCGAGUGUAAUAGGCAGCUUUCAUAAACCUCACCUCCGAGCGCCCUGUCUCUCAAUGAUGCGCUGACCUUCCCUGGAAAAUGCAGAGGUUUCAACGUCUUGCUUCAAUAAAUCACUUGCCCUGCA